CUCUACAAUAAGUCUACACUCUUCUUCUUCAAAAACAUCUUUCCUUAUAAAUAUUUCAUAACUUUCAGAUAUUAUUUAGUCAUGGCCAUGAAGUUGAUUAACAUCUUCUUUACUCUCCUAGCAGCAGUGGCCAUUGUUGGAGCUGCAAAUUUCCACGACGAUCAUAUCGAAGACGUGGAAAUGCAGACUAGUACUGUAGCAGAAGCAACUACAUUGCCUGAAACACCAGAUGAAGCAGAAGCAACUACUUCUUUAAGAGGAGCGAGCCGUUUUCUUUAUAAUCGGCAUAAAACUAUCCCACUGCCCAGUUAUACUUGCGACAACUUUCCUAGGAUUUGUCGUGCGAAGAACAGCCUGGGGCCAGACUGCUGCAAGAAGAAAUGUGUUGACGUGAAGACUGAUCGGUACAACUGUGGGAUUUGCGGCUACAGAUGCAAGUACACUGAGAUUUGUUGCAGGGGUAAGUGCGUCAAUGCAUCGUUUGACAAGAGGCAUUGUGGUGGGUGCAAUCAGAAGUGCAAGAAGGGAGACUUCUGUGUUUAUGGGAUGUGCCAUUAUGCAUGAUUAGUUCACAGUAUACUACUGCUAUACAUUUAUCCUGUCACAUUAUGACAGCUUACAUAACAAUCUUAUGUAACCAACAAAGAGAAGGGGUUUUAUAGUAUAUGUUAAAUAUCUACUCUGAAAUUUUUAAGCAUUAAAUAGUUGAUAAAAAAUGCAAUGAACUUGAAGAGUUGUAUUAUUCUAAGACCAUUACCAAUUAUCUAUGUAUUUUUCUGCCAAAAUUCUGAUGUGUGUGUGUCCAUGUAAUGUUCACUGUCCCAUAUAUAUAGAUUGGGAAUUGUGUUUUA